CAGUCAGGACAGGAAUCUUUGAUGCACUACAGCUACAUUCAAGGUCCACGAUAAAUCAACCUUUUACGGUUGUAGCUAGCUAAACUUUGUAUCCCCGUCCGUUCUCGAAUUUGUAAAUUAGUGUAGACGACCGGUUUGUAAAGGUUUUCAAUCCGCAACAGAUAAUGUAAUGGUUUUGUCAAAUUAAAACAAGAACAGAAGACGGUGAAAUAUCCAUCCGUCACCUUUUGACACAACAUGGUCACAUGAAUCGUCCAUAUUGCUACUGAAAUGUCUCUGCCAAAGAUCAGCCGUCUCCCCUCAGUGAGGCUGCUGAGCUCCAUCCACCAGCAGCUCCUCCCCUCCAUCCUCCCUCUCACUGGGCCCAGGAGAGCUGUGAGUCAGGGUGAAUACAGACGACCCGGCCAGCCCAAAGUGGACAAGUUUCCAUGGCAGCCGAUUAACUUUGGCAUCUCAAAGGGUUUGGAUGGGGUAAAGAAGCAUUUUGCGCUCCUGAAGAAGGAGUUUUCUGACCGCUGGGUUGGUCCGAAAGGCAAACCGAUCCUUGAGCACAUGUUGGAGCAGAACCAGGUGCUGUGGGAGUUUAGAGGUCCGGAGAGCCUGGAGCAGUGGACGGUGUCCUCAGAUCAAGAGAUAGGAGGCCAGAGUGAAGUUCACUUGAAGCUUGGCCGAAACCAUAACACCUGUUUACUGUACGGGACUCUGAGCUCUACGGCCCCAAAGGAUGGAGAAACACGCUACAGUGGCUACUGCACCAUGCGCUCAAAACAACCACUGGCUUCAUUCGAUAGAAAAGAGCACUAUGAUUGGUCCAGUUUCAACACCCUGCAUUUGCGAGUGCGUGGCGAUGGCCGUCCGUGGAUGAUCAACAUUGCCACAGAAACAUACUUCUCUCACCAGAAAGAUGACAUAUACAACUAUUUCCUGUAUACCAGGGGAGGACCUUACUGGCAGGAUGUCAAGAUACCCUUCUCCAAGUUCUUCCUUACACAUCGUGGGAGGAUACAAGACGACCAGCAUCCUCUCUGGCUGGACAAGGUUAACACCAUUGGAUUUACCUUGGGGGAUAAAGCCGACGGCCCAUUCCAGCUGGAGAUUGAUUUUAUUGGCGUCUGCAAAGAUUAUGCACACACUGAGGAGUUUGCUUACGAAGUGUACAAGAGGAAUCCUGAAAUUUGAGAGCAAGUGCUCCAAUACUGCAGAUAAACGGUUAUGGAAUAAUGAUGGCGUUAUAUUUACUACCGACUAAUUUACCACCUCUUGAGGUGGACAAUAUAAUACACCCCAUCCACCAUUGCUGGUAACACUUAUUAAGACACGGUGUGUUUGGAUUCUAGCAAAUGAACUGUGACACUGAAGCCCUGAAGUAUGUAUGUGAUUAUAAAAAAUAAGCUAAUGUGGCCAAUUCAGGACUUUUUAGAUCAGAUAAAACAAUUGUAGAACAUUUACAAUUUUCUUAUUCCAGUUUAUUACAUUUGAAAUAAGAAUGCAUUUCUUUUAUAACAAAAUCAAGUUGUUUAUUGUGUUCAAGUCCGGUUUGUGACCCACGUUCUGUUCAUCCAACAGAUCAUGUCAGCCAGUGAGACUAGAUCGUAAUAAGAUUGUAAUAA